AUGGAAAGAUUGGGUAGACUGUUCGCCUUGUUAGAGGAGAAAGGUAUCAAGCUGAAUCUGACUAAGUGCGACUUGGUGAAGCAGGAGGUGAAAUUUCUAGGUCACCGAGUUUCUAAGGAUGGAAGUACUCCUGAUCAGAAAAAUCUAGAAGCAAUUAGAGAACAAGUUCCACCUAAAAAUGUCAAGCAAGUUAGGAGAUUUAUUGGCAUGUGUGGGUUUUAUCGGAAAUUUGUACCCAAUUUUUCAAAGAUAGCCAUGCCUCUCACAAAUCUCAUGAAAGGGGAUGUAAAGUUCAGUUGGACGGAUGAAUGUCAGGUUGCAUUCGAGGCUCUCCAAACAAAACUUAUGUCAACGCCCAUUUUGGCUAGUUAUCAACCUGAACUUCCUCUGGUCUUAGUCACAGAUGCUAGCGAUGAGUGCGUAGGAGCGGUACUGCACCAAGUUCAACCUGAUAAAAGUGUCCGACCUCUAGGUUACUAUUCUAAGAAGAUCAGGCGAAAGAUUGCUAAGGCAACCCUUGAUCAGUUUGAAGUUCUGGAUGGUGUGCUGCACUAUGUUAGAGAGACCAAAGAUGGCAGUCUAAAUUACACUGUAGUAGUACCCCGACACCUAGUCAGAAAGGCACUAGAAGUUGCUCAUGAUCAAUCAGGACAUUUUGGGCAGUUCAAAUCCCUCAAGCAGGCAGAAGGGUUGUUUUAUUGGCCUACUAUUAAGUCGGAUGUAAUACAGUAUCUUAAAGAGUGUCUAAACUGCCAAAAAUUCAAACACAACCGAGGAAUGUCACAGCCAUACCGAGAGUUACCUAUAGUGUCACAGCCAUUGGAGAGGAUUGCCAUUGAUCUCACUGACAUGACCAACGGACAGGAAGGUCAAAGGUAUAUCCUCACCAUCAUAGACCACUUCUCUAGGUAUGUAAAAUUUUAUCCUCUAAAAACAAAACAUGCUCAGGGUAUAGUAGCUAAGCUUUCCCAAUACAUCUCUGACUUUGGCCGGCCACUCUCCAUCCUGUGUGACAAUGCCUUGGAGUUCACGGGACGAGAACUAAGAACCUGGGCUGGUCUUCAUGGGAUAGAACUGCUCUACACCACUCCCUAUCACCCCCAGUCAAAUGGACUCAUCAAGAGAAUGCACCGGACCCUGAAGACCGUGCUGUCCCAAAUGUGCAAGGGUUACCCUUUAACCCGUCAGGAGCACGCUGCCGCUGCCUCACUGCCAGGCAAAGCCCGUAAUAUGCCAUUGACACCAUUGAUAGAAGAUUCUGAGGAAUCACUCUCAACACUUUCUGAUGAUUCACACUGGCAGAAAGAACAGGAAAAUGAUCUCUUUGACACCUUCCCGGCUCCCCUGUCGCUGGCCCCCAGCCACUUUCCAAAGAACUUCAGCCAUCCAUCACUGCCACACAAUCCACCUCGUUUCGUCACGGCGCCUCUCCUGACGGUGCAGUCUGAAGAUAGUGACGUUCAGCAACUUAAGCGCAUGAUUAAAGACGCUAGUGUGACGUCACAGAGGAGGUACCGUGCAGUGGCGAACAGAAAACGACGUGAUGAAAAGGUCUCAGUUGGGUCCUUGGUGUGGGUGAAAUCAGAAACUCCGUUGCCUGGUACCUCUACCAAAUUGAAUGCUAAGUGGAAAGGACCAUAUCGAGUGAGUGAGGUAAUCUGGGACGGUCAACUGUAUGUAGUGGAGGACCCCUAUUCUGGGAAGUUAGUACAAAGAGCAGCAGAAAAGGUGAAACCGUAUGUGAGCCGGAGUGAAAUUAUUCCGGAGUUGGAGGAGAACUAUUCAGACGGAUGUGUUGAGGAGGAGGAGAAGGAGGAUCAAGACCUCCCUCCCCGCCGCCGUCGACCUCCCAGACGUCUUAUUGAGGAGUGCUAA